AUCGUGGAGGGAAAAAGUUCACAAAAGUGAAAACGAAAAUAGCUAGGUUACAGAUAGCUUCACUGUGUUUGAAGUAUUUUACUCAUCGCUAUCUUCUCUACGACGAGCAUUUUAACGAGAGAGAGCAGGACAGCAAACCCCAAUUCAACCACAGGUGAUGUCGAUGGAUCGAUUAUCUGUGUUUCCUUCGCUGUCUUGAACUUUUUCCUAACUCGUAAAAUCGCGUUAUAAUCAUGCGAACUAUUUCACCAGCCCCUCUUGAGGAACUUUGCAUAAAUUAUAUCUGUGCAAACCUUGAGGAUUUGUGUUACGAAAAUAUCACUGAUAUUUGUGGAUUUUCACUUGAAAGUCUCAGCUUCAAGUCUCCAUUGCUUUUGCACGAACAACUCACAGAAAAUAUCAUCAACAUCCUUUCCUACAAUGGAAAACUGACAACGAGGACAGCGUCAUUAUUUACCGACCCCGAGACGUGUCGUAUCAAAAAUUUCUUUUUAAGGAAUUGCCAAGUUGAUGCUAGAAUUCUUAAACUUCUCUUUCGUGUGCACAGAAUAGUAAAGUUGGACUUGAGUGGAACUACAAUGAUGUCGUCACCGUUAUUAUUUGAACUGCUCGAUGAAAUGUCAUCAACAGUUAGGGAACUCAAUUUGAGUAACACACCCUUUAAUAUCCUGGACUUUUCUACUGUCCAGUCACUGAAAUGCUUGACGCACUUAGACAUAAGUAACACACCUGUUGAUGACAGAGCAAUGUUUACGGCAUCACAGCAUUUAGAUUGUUUAGAAUGCGUAAACGUUUCCAACACUGUAAUAAGUGAGACUACCUCGUUUGGAAACUUGAAAGGCCAGCUUAAGGUAUUACUGGCAUACGACACACCCCUUUCCAGGGGAAAUCCAGUCGAUUUUAGGAACUUUGGGUCUUUACAGAAGCUUGACAUUUCCAGACACCCAGGGAAUAUGUCUUGGCCUUCAGAUGCUAUAAAUCUGCAAGAAAUGUUUGCAGACCACGAAAUGAUGCCUGACUUGGUCUACCUGGAUGUUUCUGGUUUUCUUGAUGUCAAAGAAUGCGAUGAGUCUUUACAAUCAUUCCUUAGUUACCACCCUAAACUCCAGUUUCUUGGGCUGUUUAUGACAGAGUGGUCUUCACAUGCAAUUAUAAAGAGCAUAUCUGCUUGUGUUGAGGUGACUGGUAAUGCCAAUGAACAGCAGAUUCUUUCAUCACUGCGAGCGUACUCAGACAGAGCAUCCUACAUGGUAGAGGCUCUACGUGGAUUUUUCCACAUCAGUAAGAACUGGACAGAAAGAAAACCAGAAGUUCUUCAGCUUGUCCUGUCACCAAUGGAAAAACAUCCUGAAGAUUUGCGCAUUCAAAUGGCUGCCACAGCUUGUGUAUUUAACAUUAUCAGAGGAGGAGGAGCAACAGAGGAAGAUAUACAUCCAACAUAUCUCAGCAAAAUUGCAGGGUUAGUUUUGACGGCAACAAGAAGAUUUCCUGACAAACCUGAUCUUCUGAGGAACUGCUUAUUAAUUUUGGACUCACGUCAAAUCCUGAAAAAGGCGACAUUUAACUAUUUUGAAGCAUGCAGCCAGGCCAUGGAUGCACUGUGCCAUUUUUCAAGUGAUGACAAUAUUACUGCACUGGCCACGAAACUUUGUGCAAUCCUCUCUUCAAAGAUUUCCACAGAAGAGACUCUUUCUCUUGGAUCAGAGAGAAACAUUGUGACUAUGUUUAACAUUGCUCAAGACAAGAUAGCUGCUAAUCAAGCAGAUUUUACUUUAAGUGUCACCCUAAGCGUGCUAUGGAACUUAACUGAUGAAGCACCAAGCACAUGUCUUCUGUUUGUUCAGAAAGGAGGCCUGCAAAUGAUGGCACAAGCAUUAAAGGUGUUCAAAGAAGGAAACCAGGAACAGAUUGUUCUUAUCAAAAAGAAGCUUUUGGGAACACUGAAUAAUAUUGCCGAGGUUCCAAAUCUAAGGCUGUAUCUCAUCACAGAUGACUUCAUGGAUCUUUUUGGGUACAGUUUGUUUCUAUUAGUUGUCUACUUAACUAAUUCUUGCACAGACAAGGAAUCUAGUUGUUAGCACUUAUCCUCACUGAUAAUAUUUAUUGCAAAUGGUCAGUGAUAUCAAUACUGUUAUCAGAACUGUACUGUCACUUAAGCGUCAACAAUUCCACUUAGACAAUAAUUGUGCUAUGUUCUCUAU